GAAAAAUAGAGGUGCACGACCACGAAUCACGAACUCUCCGGAUUACAUCAGAAUCUAGGAAUCUACCGCAUUGGCGAAGUUUUUUGAUUACAUAGUCGGUGCCGCGUGUCUGAAAGUGUAGUAAUGCCAGUAGAAGAGGACUUGAAGAAAAUGUCUCUGACUGAAAUUUACACGUCGGACAAGACCGGCAAUGACGAUGCGGGUGACGGCACCGAGGGCAAGCCCUUCAAAACAAUCCUCCGGGCCAUGCAUCAUGCUGGGAAAGAGCCGUUCCCUGUUAUUUAUGUUGACGGAAAGGAUGCGGAAAAGAAAUUCGAGCCGGCGUCAAAAACCCAGUUGAAGAAAAACCAGAAGAAUUGGGUUCGAGAGCAGCACAAAUCCAACGACAAGGCUAAGAGGGAAGAGGAAGAUGCUGAUAAGAGAAACAAGAACCUGGAGGAAGCCAAGAAGAUUACUCUGAAAGAAGAUGCAUCUUUGCCAGUGGCUAUAAAAACCAAAAUCCAAGCGUGUGAAAAGUACAGGGGUUCAAGGGUCAAGAUUUAUGGAUGGGUUCACCGACUUAGACGUCAAGGUAAAUCCUUAAUGUUCAUCACCCUGAGAGAUGGCACUGGCUACCUUCAGUGCGUGCUCAACGACCUGCUUUGCCAGACCUACAAUGCUCUGACCCUUUCAACUGAGGCCUCAGUUUUGCUUUAUGGCACCCUUCAGGUGGUGCCUGAGGGAAAAAAUGCCCCCGGUGGUCACGAACUCCAGGUUGACUUCUGGGAGCUGAUUGGAGAUGCUCCCCCUGGUGGAGCUGAUGCAAUUCUCAAUGAGGAUUCGCAUCCUGAUGUUCAGCUUGAUAACAGGCACAUCAUGAUAAGAGGAGAAAAUACUGCGAUGAUCCUGAAAAUGCGUUCGAUUGUUAUGCAAGCCUUCCGCUCCCACUACUUCGACAGGGGCUACUUCGAGGUGACGCCACCCACCCUGGUGCAGACUCAGGUUGAGGGCGGCGCUACCCUUUUCACUCUUAACUACUUUGGUGAGGACGCAUACCUGACCCAGAGCUCGCAGCUCUACUUGGAAACCGUUCUUCCUGCCAUGGGAGAUGUCUUUAGCAUUGCACAAAGCUACCGUGCCGAGCAGAGCAGGACAAGACGCCACCUUGCAGAGUACACUCACAUUGAGGGUGAGUGUCCGUUUAUCACUUUUGAGGAGAUGCUGGACCGCCUGGAAGACCUGGUUUGCGACGUCGUCCAACGAGUGCUUGACUCGCCUUUCGGAUACAUGGUGAAGGAGCUGAACCCUGACUUCAAGCAGCCAAAGAAGCCCUUCCGCAGGAUGAACUACUCGGAAGCCAUCGAGUACCUUAAAGCUAACAACAUUACCAAGGAGGACGGUUCGUUCUAUGAGUUUGGAGAGGACAUUCCUGAAAUGCCUGAGCGAAAAAUGACAGACGCCAUCAACGAGCCUAUUAUGCUCUGCCGGUUCCCCGCCGAAAUCAAGUCUUUCUACAUGGCCAAGUGCCCAGAAGACAAGCGACUAACCGAAUCUGUUGAUGUCCUCCUGCCUGGUGUUGGUGAAAUUAUCGGAGGUUCCAUGCGUUCUUGGGAUACGCAGGAGCUGCUCGAUGGCUACAAACGUGAAGGAAUUGAUCCAACUCCUUACUACUGGUACAUUGACCAGAGAAAGUUUGGUUCCUGCCCUCAUGGUGGAUAUGGCCUCGGUCUCGAACGCUUCUUGUGCUGGCUGCUCAACAGAUACCACAUCAGAGAAGUGUGCCUGUAUCCACGCUUCCUUGAGCGUUGCAAGCCCUAAAUUCAAGUUGCAAAAUCUUGCUUCUCCCUUGGGAAUUGUUUAAUUUAUAAUGGAAUUUAAAUAAACUUGACCGUCUCAUGAAAAAGA